CAAGGAGUCAUCUUGCUGAGAGACACACACACAGGUUGCAGGAUGGUGUUGAAGGCUGUGGUGAGUGUAGUGGUGUUGGUCGGAGUGGUGGUGAUUCCUGCCUUCACAAGCAGCAAUUCUGGGGAUUUAACAAGACCACAACCUCGGGAGUGGCCCUGUCCUAUAGAAACCGACUUCUACCCUUGCGUGUGUACUAACAAUGAAAAUUAUGAGCUAAGUAUAGACUGUUCUGCUGUUGAAACAGAUCAAGAUUUAUCAGACGCUUUUUACUAUGCUGAAUUUCCUUUUAGCCAUUUCAAGGAGUUUAAAAUAGAACACGACCCAAAUGAUCCCAAAAUGACACUGACCACACUUGAUCCUUACACCUUCCGUACCUUAACAUUUGAGCGAAUCACCAUAAGCGGCACCAAGAUCGAAAUUAUACAGGACGAAGACUUCUCUAACUCCCACGAUACACUCACAUAUCUUAACCUCGCAAGCAACAAGAUAACUUACUUCCCAUUCGACUCCAUACAAGGCUACACAAACCUGCAGACUUUGUCUCUUGACGAUAAUCAAAUUGAAGUUUGGCCAAACUUUGAGUCAGAUUCUCUGGAAUACCUCAGCUUCAGUGGCAAUGAAGGAAUUACCCUCACUGAUUUUACCAAUACACCAAAUCUACGAGAAAUUUAUAUGGCACGAAACAAACAUGAUACUCUUCCAUAUCAGUUGUUUUGGAAUCUGUUCAACCUUACUGUAGUGGACCUACAGAGAAAUGAAAUGACUUUCGUGGAUGAAUAUUACAUAGCCUCUCAGAGCAACGCCUUAACCACCAUUAAUUUGGACCACAACAAAAUAUCAGUUAUCCGUCACGACGCUUUUCACGGGUUGCUUCCUGAUGCUGAAGUCUCAAUGAAGAACAACUCGGUAGUUGAUCUGGACGAGGACUCGUGGAGUCACCUACUUGAUCAGCUUGUACCAACGGGAACUCUUGACCUAGCAGGGAAUCCACUGAGGUGUGGCUGCGAGAUUGACUGGAUAAUGUUCUCUCCUAAGCAAAUUGAUCUCAGCAUCUUCACCGACACGACUACCUGCAUCAGUGGCAAUCAACUCAUCUUCCUUGACGUUCAAUACUUCUGUGACAGAUGUGUGCCCAACAACUGCUCGACAACUUAGCCUGCAGGCAGUGUCCUGCAGAAAGUAACAUGGCUGCCUGAUCAGCUAUCGACAGUUUUAAAUUUCCAUCCCCAGAGUCUGACCACUUAACACCAUCUUCAGUGUUUAAAAGCUUCUGUCAGACCCAUAUAUACUGACACCAUCUCGGCCCUUAAUUUACAAAGCGUGUCACUAAAAAAAAACUGCCUAUUUAUUGCAAACCAGUUUUACUAAAUCGUCAAGGAAACAAUUAGAGAAAAAAAUGAUCUAAGAUAUAUAUAAGGACGGAAAAUUGUCACCUGACAAAUGUCUCAGACGUCACCGAUAGAACUUCAACCUGUCACCGAUAUCUUAGUAGCAUCUCGUUAAUAACAUCCUUAUUAUAAACUAUGUACUGUAUGACCUGCCUUCUUAGUAAUAUGUAAUGAAUUAUGUAUAUUAAGCAUUCUUAAUAGGGUAUAUACACUAUAUAUAUAUUAUAUAUAUAUAUAUAUAUAUAUAUAUUAUAUAUACCUUAGCCCUAACUAAAACAAAUAUAAAUAAUAAACACCCGAACAGUUUGUAUAAGUUUUAAAGUCCUGUGAAUUUUAGGUCAAGAAUUAUUUUAUGUAACAGAUUUAAGACAAAUCAAAAAGGACAUUCCAUUGCCUAUGUAAAUUAUAAUUUUCUGCCUCUUGGAUAUUCAUACAAAUAUUUUUUUCUCCA